AUGGAUACCCCGUCGAAAAAAGAUUGGAUUCCGCUGGACAGUGGUCAGGUCCGAAGCGGACUUGGCCUAGUGUCAUCCAGGAUAUCUGAACGUCUUAAUCAAGUUGACCGUGUUCGCGCCAACGGGGUUGGAGACCACAUCGCGCUUCCGCAGCUGGCUGUCUGUGGUGAUCAAUCAUCGGGAAAAAGCUCCGUCUUGGAAGGGAUCAGUGGAAUUCCCUUUCCUCGCCAGGAUGGUGUUUGUACCCGGUUUGCCACGGAAAUCAUCCUUCGCCACGAGCCAAAAGAUCAGCGAAACACGGCGACCAUCAUCCCUCACAUGUCCCGCACAGAAGAUGAAAAGAUCAAGUUGAGCGCCUUUCGCCGCGACAUCAACGACCUUUCGGGUUUGCCUGGCAUCAUCGACGAAGUUGCGAGACUUAUGGGUGUGCAAGGCACCAAUGACUUAGCUGACGCGCCAACAUUUGCCGCUGAUGUACUUCGCUUGGAGGUUGUCGGGGAUACUGGUUUGCACCUGACCCUUGUUGACCUGCCUGGUCUGAUCUCCGUCUCUGAAAACGAGGAAGACGUGCAGCUUGUCGGCGAUCUUGUGAACUCAUAUUUGGAGAACUCACGGACAAUUAUUCUUGCUGUGGUCCCCGCAAGCAGUGACGUGGAUACCCAGAGUAUCAUCCAACGUGCUCGUCGUUUUGACAAGGAUGGGCUCCGCACUGUUGGAAUUAUCACCAAGCCCGAUCUGAUCAAUGACGGUACCGAAUCACGGGUUGCAAAAUUGGCCAAAAAUGCUGAUAGGACUAAGCUGAAACUUGGAUUUUUUCUUGUUAAGAAUCCUAGGCCUAUUGACUUGGAGAAGGGCAUGACCAUGGUUGAGCGUCGGAAGAUGGAGGCGCAAUUUUUUGCCAAUCCCCCUUGGAAUAAUCUUGGACUCGAUCCUUCACGUGUCGGCAUAGACAAUCUUCGGGUCUUUAUGCAAGACCUCCUUGACCGACACAUCGAGCGCGAAUUGCCCAAAGUUCGAAAGGACGUGUCUCGGCUGCUUAAUGAGAUCAACAAGGAACUCAUGGAUCUUGGGACCGAACGAACCUCGCCUGCACAGAUACGCAUGUACCUGACGCGCAUUGCUACAGAAUUCCAAGAUCUCGUGAAGGCUGGAGUUGAGGGAAUAUAUGGUAGCCGAGACGGAUUCUUUCAAGAAAUCAAUGAUGAAAAGGAAUGUCAUCGUCUUCGGGCCGCGAUCCACAUGGCAAACGGGAAAUUUGCCAACUACAUGAGACAGCAUGGGCAAAAACGCAAAUUAAUUUCGGCCGAACAACAGGAAGACACUGAUCCAGAGAUUGGUCAGAUCUUAGUGACCAAGGAGCAAAUGUCGUCGUGGAUCAAGAAGAUAUACAACAGUACCCGUGGCCGAGAACUUCCUGGCAAUUAUAAUCACGCAUUGCUGGGUGAAUUAUUUCAUGCGCAGUCAUCUCGCUGGGGUGAUAUUGCUCGCGAACAUGUCACUACAAUCACGGACUUGGUUUUUAGAUUUGUACAAUCUGCUUCGGCAUUUGUAAUAAAAGAUACAAAUGCCCGGGAAAACAUUUGUCGACAUAUUGUUACGAUAUUGGAUGAAAAUUCCAAGCGCGCAUCCAAUGAACUGAGAAAGUUGCUAGAUGACGAAGCUGGAUGUCCUAUCACAUACAACCAUUAUUACACUGAUAAUGUCCAAAAGGCGCGCAAUAACCGUUCGAAGCAAGACCUUGGCACGUCGCUAAACAAUACCAUCAACGAAGACUGGAAUGGUCGCUUUCAUGUAAGCAACUCGCCCGACGAGAUCAGUCGGCUUGUGGCGUCUCUUCAAAAUCAUGGUGUCAUUGUUGAUAUGGAGGAGCGGGCGUGCUACGAAGCACAAAUUGAUCUGGAUGCCUACUAUAAGGUCGCUAUGAAAACCUUUGUCGAUAAUGUCUGUCGCCAAGUUAUCGAGAGGCACAUUCUAGCUAAGCUUUCAACUGUAUUCAAUCCGAUGACGGUCAGUAGCUAUUCAGAUGAAGAUCUAUUCUGUUUGGCUGCCGAGUCAUCUAAGCUUAGUAAGCGUCGGGUUGAGGCAAGUCAACUACGAGGGGCAUUAGAGGACAGCCUUCGUGAAUUGCGUUGA